GCCCGCGCCGCCUGAAGGGAAGGACCCAGCCGGCCGCAGCUCGCGAGCGGUCUCCAGUCCCGGAAGCGGCACCAUGGCGGCGCCGUGAGAGCUGCGGGCCCCGGGCAUGACUUGCGUGAAGAUGACCUGCUUGGAAGUACCUGUCAUUGACGUCCAGAAUGACAACUUCAAAGAGCUGUGGCCGUCCAUGCUCCUGGCCAUAAAAACCUCUAGUUUCAUAGCAGUUGACACGGAGCUAAGUGGUCUAGGAUCGAGGAAGAGUCUGCUAAACCAAUGUAUUGAAGAGAGAUACAAAGCUGUCUGCAGUGCUGCCAGAACACGCUCUGUCCUGUCUUUAGGAAUCGCUUGUUUCAAACAGCUCCCAGACAAGUCUGAGAAUACGUACCUCUCCCAAAUCUACAACCUGACCCUGCUGUGUAUGGAGGAGUAUAUCAUCGAACCGCAAUCAGUUCAGUUUCUGGUGCAACACGGCUUUGACUUCAACAAACAGUACUCACAGGGCAUUCCCUACCACAAGGGCAAUGACAAGGGCAAUGAGAACCAGAGCCAGAACGUUCGUGCUUUCUUCUUGGAGCUGAUCCGAGCAAAGAAACCUCUCAUUCUGCACAAUGGCCUGAUUGAUCUAGUGUUCCUGUACCAGUGCUUCUACGCCCACCUCCCUGAUAAUCUUGGCACCUUCACCGCUGACCUUUCGGAGAUGUUCCCGGCUGGGAUAUACGAUACCAAAUACGCCUCUGAGUUCGAGACCCGCUUUGUAGCCUCCUAUCUGGAGUACGCCUACAAGAAAUGCAAACGAGAGAAUUGCAAGCGGAAGGAUUCCAGCAGCCAGCACCUAUCCAUUGAGUUUUGUAACUACCCCGCCAGCAUGUCUCCACAUGUAGACUAUCGCUACUGCUCCAUGGCAGACACUGAUCACAAUGGGGCAGAUACAAAUAAGGUCCAAGUCUGCGAAACAUUCUCGGCCUACGGCUGGUGUCCCAACGGGGUGAAGUGUUCCCGGUCUCACAACAUCGACCUCAUUAUCGACGAGGAUGAGAAGUUUAAAGAGGAGAAGCGGAAGAAGCGGAAGCAGAGGUGGAGGCGCCGGAAGAAUGCAGAGGAGUCUGUGAAAGCGUCUGAGCAGGGAAGUCUGGGAAGGGGGAAGGACAUGGAGGUGACUCAGAAUGGGGAGGACGGGCCUCCAUGCAAACAAAGCUGCCCUGGCAGUCUGGCUGCUGGGAUGCUCCCUGCUCGUGCAGAGCCAGCAGGGAACGGUUCCAGUGAGGAGGCGGAGAGUUCGAUUGACAUGGACCGUGAGCCUGGCUCUGACAGUGCAACAGAUGUCAAGAUGGAGGAUGAUCUGGGGGAUGCCACAGGCCAGGCGAGCGGCACUCACCCAGCUGCCCCGCCAGUAGAAACAGAUGUCAGUCUCGCUGCCAGAGGAAGCGCCUUGGACAGCGGCCAAGUGAAAGGGCAGCAGGUGGGCACUGAUGAACGAGGCUCAACUGUCCACCCGCAGAGCUGUUCUGAAACUAAAACCCCGUCCUCUGCCAGGGAGCACACGGCGUCCCAGGAGAGCCGCUCGGAAGGGGGCAUUCACCGAGCUGGCUUUGAUGCCUUCAUGACUGGCUAUAUCAUGGCCUACGUCUGGAUGCUUAAGAAAGGAGAGGGCAGCGACUCUGGCUCUGGGCCCUGGCUGCCAGACUGUCACAAUAAGUUGUAUCUCAGUGGGAAAUCGGUGCCACUUCAGAUAGUGAAGAGUUUGUUUUCUAAAUCCUCCAAAGCCCACAGCCAGAAAAUGAAAUUGGCCUGGGCUAGUGGCUAGAACUGGGAGACUCUCGUUUUUGUGUUUUCCUCCAGCACUUGGAGGCUUUUCACUUGGUACAUGAAGAGUUUAGCAGGAGGGGAGCAAGUUCUUAGUCAUGUUUUAUUUCUGUACAAUUAAAUUGCACCCUGCCUGAA